AUGGCAACGACAUCGUCGAUGUUCAUGUACAGCCUGACUGUUCAGCCUCCAACUGCAGUUACACAGGCGAUCUUGGGACAGUUUGCAGGGACAAAAGAGCAGCAGAUCGUGACGGCCUCGGGGUCUCGAUUAACACUGCAUCGUCCCGACCCAUCACAGGGCAAGAUCAUCACAACGCUUUCACACGAUGUGUUUGGGAUCAUCCGGGCCAUAGCAGCUUUCAGGCUAGCUGGCAGCAAUAAGGAUUACAUCAUCAUCACCUCUGACUCCGGCCGUAUUACAAUAGUCGAGUUCAUACCGGCACAGAACAAGUUUAAUCGCUUACACCUGGAGACUUUUGGCAAGUCGGGCAUUCGUCGAGUCAUCCCAGGACAAUACCUGGCGGUGGAUCCGAAAGGCCGAGCUUGUCUGACAGCUUCCGUGGAAAAAAACAAGCUUGUGUAUGUGCUUAAUCGGAACUCGCAAGCGGAGCUUACCAUUUCGUCGCCGUUGGAAGCCCACAAAGCACAAACAUUAGUCUUCGCUCUUGUGGCAUUAGAUGUUGGAUAUGCAAAUCCAGUUUUCGCAGCUCUCGAAGUUGAUUAUGGCGAAUCGGACCAAGAUCCGACGGGCCAAGCGUACGAUGAGAUUGAGAAAACCUUGGUCUACUAUGAACUUGAUCUUGGCUUGAAUCAUGUGGUCCGGAAGUGGGCAGACCCUGUCGAUCGAACGGCCACGAUAUUAUUCCAAGUGCCUGGUGGCACAGAUGGUCCUAGCGGAGUCCUAGUUUGCAGUGAAGACAACAUCACCUAUCGACACUCAAAUCAAGAGGCUUUCCGUGUUGCAAUCCCCAGGCGUAGAGGGGCAACAGAGGACCCCCAACGAAAACGAACCAUUGUGGCCGGUGUAAUGCACAAGCUGAAGGGUGCCGCUGGUGCCUUUUUUUUCCUUCUUCAGACGGAUGAUGGCGAUCUCUUCAAAGUUACCAUCGAGAUGGUCGAAGAUGACAAUGGCCAACCGACCGGAGAGGUCAAGCGUCUAAAAAUCAAAUACUUCGACACAGUGCCAGUGGCAUCGAGCCUGUGUAUCCUAAAGAGUGGCUUCUUGUUUGUUGCCAGCGAGUUCGGAAACCAUCAAUUUUAUCAGUUUGAAAAGCUCGGUGAUGAUGAUGAGGAGACAGAAUUCAUCAGCGACAAUUUCCCCACCGAUCCGUCUGAGCCUUAUACGCCUGUUUACUUCCACGCUCGGCCAGCUGAGAACCUAAGUCUAGUUGAGAGCAUUGAUUCGAUGAAUCCGUUGAUGGAUUGCAAAGUAGCAAAUCUCACAGAAGAAGAUGCUCCGCAAAUAUACUCCAUAUGUGGAACUGGUGCGCGAAGCACAUUCCGAACUUUGAAGCACGGCCUCGAAGUUAGUGAAAUUGUGGAAUCAGAACUGCCCGGUGUGCCAUCCGCCGUCUGGACCACUAAACUUACUCGGGGUGACACAUUCGAUGCUUACAUUGUUUUGUCAUUUUCAAACGGUACGCUCGUACUGAGCAUUGGCGAAACUGUCGAGGAAGUCACAGAUACUGGCUUCUUGUCCUCUGCCGCUACAUUAGCAGUGCAGCAAUUGGGCGAAGAUGGUUUGAUCCAGGUACACCCAAAAGGGAUCAGACACAUUCGCGCAGAUCGUCGUGUAAAUGAAUGGGCUGCUCCUCAGCACCGCUCCAUUGUGGCAGCAACAACCAACGAAAGACAAGUAGCUGUUGCGCUCAGCUCGGGCGAAAUUGUGUAUUUUGAGAUGGAUGCGGAUGGAUCUCUAGCAGAGUACGAUGAGAAGAAAGAAAUGAGCGGCACUGUGACGUGCCUCAGUCUAGGCGAAGUUCCCGAAGGCCGUGUUCGGAGUAAUUUCUUAGCCGUGGGUUGUGACGACUCAACUGUCCGUAUCUUAAGUCUCGAUCCGGAUUCUACCCUAGAGAACAUGUCUGUUCAAGCCUUGACCUCAGCACCAUCUGCUCUUUCAAUUAUGGCAAUGGCUGACUCUUCAUCUGGGGGAUCGACUCUUUAUCUUCAUAUCGGCCUUUACUCAGGGGUCUAUCUUCGAACUGUCUUGGAUGAGGUAACAGGAGAACUUUCCGAUACGCGCACACGCUUCCUCGGCCCAAAGCCAGCCAAACUCUUCCGGGUUUCUAUCCAAGGACAGACUGCAGUGCUUGCUUUGAGUUCAAGACCAUGGCUUGGAUAUUCGGAUCCGGUUACUAAAGGUUUUAUGCUCACCCCUCUGAACUACCCUGGCCUAGAAUGGGGUUGGAACUUCAGUAGUGAGCAAUGUACUGAGGGAAUGGUCGGUAUCCAAGGACAAAAUUUAAGGAUAUUCUCAAUUGAAAAGCUCACCAACAACCUUCUCCAAGAGUCAAUACCUCUCACAUACACACCUCGCCGUUUUGUUCGACACCCAGAGCACCCAUACUUUUAUACCAUCGAAUCCGAUAAUAAUGUCUUAUCCCCUGCCACCAAAACCAAGUUACUCGAGGAUCCUUCCGUCGUCAAUGGUGAUUCUAAUGUCCUUCCACCCGAAGAAUUUGGUUAUCCCCGUGGACGAGGUCAUUGGGCCUCUUGCAUCUCGGUUAUAGAUCCUGUCACCGACAAACGGGUACUCCAAAAAAUAGACCUAGAUGACAAUGAAGCAGCUGUUAGUGUCGCAACAGUCUCCUUUGCCAGUCAAGAAGACGAGGUCUUCUUAAUCGUUGGAACUGGCAAAGACAUGGUCGUGAGUCCGAGAUCAUCAACGGCGGGCUUUAUCCACGUUUUUCGGUUCCACGAGGAUGGGAAAGAAAUCGAAUUUAUUCACAAGACGAAAGUAGAAGAACCUCCGAUGGCUCUUCUCGGAUUCCAAGGAAGGCUCCUAGCUGGAGUCGGCAAAGAGCUGCGGGUUUAUGAUCUUGGAAUGCGCCAGCUUCUCCGGAAGGCUCAAUCGGAGGUAGUGCCAAAUUUGAUUGUCGGCCUUCAAACCCAAGGCAGCCGAAUCGUUGUUAGCGAUGUUCAAGAGAGCAUUGUGAUGGUUGUAUACAAGUUCCAAGAGAACAGGCUCAUCCCAUUUGUUGAUGAUACUAUAGCACGCUGGACAACCUGCACAGCCAUGGUCGACUAUGAGACUGUGGCGGGAGGUGACAAAUUUGGCAACCUUUGGCUUCUCCGGUGCCCUACCAAGGCCAGCGAGGAGGCGGAUGAGGAGGGAUCUGGCGCCCAUCUUCUGCACGAGCGUCAAUACUUACAAGGCGCGCCUCACAGAUUAACAUUGAUGGGGCAUUUUUACCCUCAAGACAUUCCAAUGAGCAUUCAGAAAACGAACCUCGUUGCUGGUGGACGGGAUUGUUUACUUUGGGCUGGGCUCCAAGGCACUCUCGGUAUUAUGAUUCCAUUCGUGGGACGCGAGGACGUGGAUUUCUUUCAGACACUGGAGCAGCAUAUGAGGUCGGAGGAUGCCCCAUUGGCUGGAAGAGACCACCUGAUUUAUAGGAGUUAUUAUGUGCCGGUGAAGGGGGUUAUUGAUGGCGAUUUGUGCGAAAGAUAUACCCUUUUACCUACGGAUAAGAAGCAAAUGAUUGCCGGGGAGUUAGAUCGGUCUGUCCGGGAAAUUGAGCGGAAAAUAUCCGACAUUCGGACACGCUCAGCAUACUAA